UGGAAGAGAUUAUGACAAUCAAUCCCCCCUCCCUUCUCAGUAUAAAUACUUGUGUCAGGCUCAGUGUGACGAGAAGAUCUAGUGGCAACCAGACCGUGCACUACACACCAGCCCAGAGCACUCUGCCCUCUGCUGCAUCCACAGAGGCAUGUACAGCCGCCAAGCAGACAGACCUCGCAGAGUUAAGUCUUUUGACUCCAUGAGCGUAAAUUGUGAGGAUGGCCAAAUAAAUAAUGAGCUCAACAAGUCAAAUUACAUGAGUAGUGAAGACAACAAAGAGAAUAAUGAGAACGCGGUGCAGGAGGGCCGAGUAACUGUGAUAUUUUCCAUAAAAAAUGAAGUCGGAGGACUUGUGAAGGCACUGAAACUUUUUCAGGAGAAGCAUGUUAAUCUCAUUCACAUUGAAUCUCGUACAUCAAAAAGAAAUUCUGAGUUUGAAAUAUUCCUGGACUGUGACAGUAACCGAGAGCAGCUGAAUGAGAUCUUCCAGCUGCUCAGGCCACAUGUCAAUCUGAUCACCAUGAACCCGCAGGAGGACUUCAGUGUUGAGGAGGAUGAUAUGGAAAGUGUUCCUUGGUUUCCCAUUAAAAUCUCCGAUCUGGAUAAAUCGGCAAACAGAGUGCUGAUGUACGGAUCCGACCUGGAUGCAGAUCACCCUGGUUUCAAGGACAACGUGUAUCGCAAGAGGAGGAAGUACUUUGCAGAUGUGGCAAUGAACUACAGAUAUGGGGAUCCAAUACCUCGUAUUGAAUUUACUGAAGAGGAGGUGAAGACUUGGGGCACGGUUUUUCGAGAGCUGAAUAAAUUAUACCAAACCCAUGCCUGCCGAGAGUAUCUGAAGAACCUUCCUCUACUAGUCAAACACUGUGGAUACCGGGAGGACAAUAUUCCCCAACUAGAAGAUGUUUCAAGAUUCCUUAAAGAGCACUCAGGCUUUACAAUCCGCCCUGUUGCUGGCUAUUUAUCGCCUAGAGAUUUCUUGGCUGGCUUGGCAUUUCGGGUCUUCCACUGCACCCAAUAUGUGAGACAUAGUUCUGACCCCCUGUAUACCCCAGAACCUGACACUUGCCAUGAGCUCCUUGGACAUGUUCCUCUUCUGGCUGAACCAAGUUUUGCACAGUUUUCCCAAGAAAUUGGCCUGGCAUCUUUAGGGGCAUCGGAUGAAGCUGUUCAGAAACUGGCUACCUGCUACUUUUUCACAGUGGAAUUCGGUUUGUGCAAGCAAGAGGGGAUGCUAAAGGUGUACGGAGCUGGAUUGCUCUCUUCCAUAAGUGAACUCAAACACUCGGUCUCAGGGAAUGCCAUUGUAAAGCCUUUUGACCCUAUGGUAACCUGCACUCAGGAGUGUAUCAUUACCUCCUUCCAGGAGGUAUACUUUUACUCUGAAAGUUUUGAGGAAGCCAAAGAAAAAAUGAGGGAGUUUGCAAAGACCAUUAAGAGACCAUUUGGACUGAAAUACAAUCCAUACACCCAAAGUGUGCAGAUCCUUAAAGACACCCAGAGCAUCACCAACUUGGUGAGCGAGUUGCGCCAUGAACUAGAUAUCGUCAGCGACGCUCUGAAUAAGAUGAACAAGCAGCUCGGUGUCUGACCGAACAAUCCUGGAAACCGAAGGUCAAGCCUGACAAUCAGAGAACUGUUUUGUUCUUUACACUUCUUUAAGGAAUAUUAUUUAUGUAUAUCCUAGCACUUGAAUGUAACACAAUUUUUCCAGAGAUUUAUUUUUGUAAAUGAAUAAGUGGUAGCAGAAUUGAUUAUCUAUAGGAGAUUGUAUGCGAAAUGUGCAAAUAUCGUAGAUUUUCACAGGCGAGACUGUCUCUUACAUAGCUGUUGGUCUGCUGCUGUGUGUAUAUAUAGAAGGACUUAAAAACUUUGGGAUUUUUUCAACUUGACAACAUGUAUCGUCUUAAAGACCAUUAAGAGACCAUUUGGACUGAAAUACAA